CCCUAAUUAUGUUAGCUAUUCUCUUUCCCAUUUCUCUAUCCUACUUACAUUAAUAUUCAAACUCUAAAAAUUUCAAACAAUGACUCAAACUCUUAUUUAUUAGAUAAUUGAAAUUAAGUGACAGGGUAAUCAAAUGGAUGGCAGCAAACCAUAAACCAAUCAAGACAAUUGGACUUACUGUUCCAUCAAUGUACCUAGACAAGAGGUUGGAGGAUGAUAAGGACUAUAGUCUCAAUUUAUUCAAACCGGAUGUGGAUGCCUGCAUCAAGUGGCUAGACUCAAAGGAAGCUGCAUCAAUUGUUUAUGUAUCAUUUGGAAGCUUUGCCACCUUAGGAGAAGAACAAAUGGAGGAAAUAGCAUGGGGUCUAAAGAGGAGCAACAACUAUUUCUUGUGGGUUGUUAGAGAAACAGAACAAAAGAAGCUCCCUAGCAACUUUGUUGAGGAGACAUUAGAGAAAGGGCUAGUAGUGUCUUGGAGCUCUCAAUUGAGAGUUUUAGCUCAUGAGGCAGUGGGUUGUUUUAUAACUCAUUGUGGUUGGAACUCAACGAUUGAGGCGUUGAGCUUGGGGGUGCCAAUGGUAGCAAUGCCAAUAUGGACAGACCAACCAACUAAUGCGAAGUUUGUUGAAGAUGUAUGGAAGGUAGGAAUUCGAGCUAGGAUGGAUGAAAAUGGCAUAAUCAGAAAGGAAGAGAUUGAACGGUGUAUAAGGGAAGUUAUGGAGGGAGAGGAAAGUAUGGAUAUCAAAAGUAAUUCAGAGAGGUGGAAGAAAUUGACCAAAGAGGCAGUUGAUGAAGGUGGAAGCUCUGAUAGGAACAUAGAUGAAUUGGUAGCAGAACUUACGUUCAAAUAGUUAUUUAUAUAAUUACAACACAAAUAUUGUAACAAAAAUUCUAUUACAAAAAAAUUGAUAUAUAAAUUUAUCACAAAAGUUUAAUAAAAAAUAUUAUUAUUU